AUCAACUAUAGAAACGCCCACACUCCAUUCGGGUUAGAUUGAGCUCCGGCUGUCAAAGUGUUUAGCUACAAACCUAGCUAGCUAGUUUAGCCGUGUUUACAACCGUGGAAAUGGCUUGCAGCUGAGUAUUUUACCAUCCGCAAGUCAAGUGUUUUAGGUUUUUCAAGAAAAGAAGCCAAGCUAGCAGUUUAUACUCGAAAAGUAGCGACAGUCAAAAAAUGGCUGUACAGUAUGCUGAAUAGAGAUACGGAUCCACAUAAAUUGCCCUGAAUGGCCUGGCGCACAAAUGUCAUGGGCCCUACUUAAAAGAAGGGAGGGCACACUACAAAAGUUCUACAUGAGUAAUGAACCUAGGCAACUUCUGGAGCAUGUCUGCUAAUACAAGUCGUAAGAGACCUGAUAGCGAAGACCAGGGCGAGCUGAAAAGCAGCCCGUCCCGGCUAUCCUUCAGCAAGAAGCAGCUCCCAGCCAUUCCCAAGAAUGCGGCUGCCGCUACCAAGCCUGCGACCAUUGGUAGCCCCGCCCACUCCGCAAAUGUCCCGCAUGCGCCCUACGGUCCUUUUUACUUGGAAUACUCCCUGCUGGCUGAGUUCACACUUGUGAUCAAGCAAAAACUCCCUGGGAUUUAUGUGCAGCCAUCUUACAAGUCUGCACUUAUGUGGUUUGGCGUCAUAUUUAUCAGACAUGGUUUGUACCAAGAUGGAGUCUUCAAGUUCACUGUGUAUAUCCCGGAUAACUAUCCAGAUGGCGAUUGUCCAAAAUUAGUGUUUGACAUGCCAGUCUUCCAUCCGCUUGUCGACCCAGUUUCUGGCGAGCUUGACGUCAAAAGAGCUUUCACCAAAUGGAGACGGAAUCACAACCACAUCUGGCAAGUUCUCAUGUAUGCACGUACCAUUUUCUACAAGAUUAACACCUCAGAACCUCUCAACCCAGAAGCUGCUGUACUGUAUGAGAAGGAUGUGCAGUUGUUCAAAAGCAAAGUAGUGGACAGCGUAAAACUAUGCAAUAGUCGUCUGUUUGAUCAGCCCAAGAUAGACGAUCCUUACGCAAUAAGCUUUUCUCCAUGGAACCCAGCUGUUCACGAGGAGGCGAAAGAGCGAAUGUUCACUUACAAAAGACGACCUGAGGAGCAGCACAAGGGAACGCAGAGCUCGGGACUGUCUUGGGUCAAACCCGGGUCGACGCAGCCCUUCAGUAAAGACGACAGCCCUCCUCGGAGUUGAAGCCGCACUUGCACCAACGCUGGCCACUAGCAGUAGGCACAGGUAUCGCCAGUCGCUCUACAUUUGUGAGCCAGAUCCCUGAAAAGGACAUUAUGAAUAUUGCUCAGCUUUAAAAGCUUCUCCCGCCAACAGCUUUAGCAUACGAAAACCAAGUUUAUGUAAGGCAAAGAUGACAAAAUGGAUGUCUCCAAAGUAGAAUCUAGCAAUUCUUGUAGAUGUUGCAGAAUCCAUAUGCACAUGCUGGCCGGGCUUGGUGAUUACAUACCGUUCCAAAAGUCCAAAAAGUGUGCAUCGGACUUCAUGAUCUCUAGGCUCAGGACUGUUUUUAUUCAUCAUACCAGGAAUGUCAAUCAUAGCUGGGCGAAGAUCGGACCUCCACCUUUUCAAUCAUUUUUAAAUCUUUUGAUGACAAUGAUUCUUUUAUCACGUCUUUUGGUUUAUUUUAAUGCAGACUGGUGUUAAAUAUUUUGCUCAGUAAGGACACGGAUGUCUUUUAUUUUUUAUUUUUUCUGCUUAUUAAAGUUUUGAUGUGUAAAUAAUGGUUUUGGAUUGAUUUAAAGACAAGCGCAGUUUAACUUUUUUUGGUUUGUUUUAUUCCCUCUCUGUUCUAAUAAGAUACUACAGAUGUCUCACAUUACUCCAGAGGUUCAUUUCUUCUCUCCCCUCCUCCACUGAGAGGAUGUGGAUUUUUUUUUCGUUGGUUAAAUUUUAUUCGGCUUAAUGAUAUGAAUAUUAAUGAUUGGUGCUAAAAAGCUGCUGGAUCUUUUAGAAUAUUUGUGAAAGGUAGCCCCCCCCCCCCCCCCCCCAUCCAAUCUUCUCAUCCAAAUCAUUUUUAUUUAGAUGCUUCCCACAGACCUGCUACAGUUAUGUCAAUGCUUUUCUCUUGACAUAAAUAAACAUGUUGAUUUGAUAACCAUGGUUGU